ACGACUGCCAUCAUCCUCCACUGGCCAUGAUGAGUAACAGGUUCACGACACCGGCUUCGUCAUCGAGCAGACUGGCAUCAAAUUCGUUGCGCUCGACAGCGAUAAAACGAGAUUCACUGGCUGCGGAGCUCGAACGAGACCCUCAGCUCUCCACAGCGAAACGCAAGCAGCGCACGCAAGUUUUCACCUCACACGUUGCGAGCGCAUCCCUCGAGCGGCAGCUGGUCGCCGCACAGGCCGCAAAGGUCGAGCUCGAAACAAAGCUCCGCGAGAAGGACAUCCUCAUCGAACGCCUCGAGGCUGACAAGCGAUGGCUCGCUGAGCGUGAACAACAGGAGCGCGAAGAGAAGGAGCGCGAGCGGACCGAGCGAGAAGAGGAGAAGCGUAAAUCGGACAGCGACAUCCGUGCUCUGCGUAACUCGUACAUUGCCCUCCGCGAACAGAAUGCCGACCUCGAGGACGCGCACUCCGAGCUGAGUCGCGGCACGACACACACCAUCGCGUCCCAAAGGUCUGAGAUCGCCGCACUACAACAACAGGUCGAGGUACUUCAAGAAGAACUUGCCGGAUUUCGGAAAGUCGCAGACGAACGCAGUCACGCUUACGACGAACUGCAAGAGCAAUUCGAAGACCUCUCGUUCGCGCAGGCGAACGCGUCGCAUCGCGAGGUCGAAGACGAGAGCUGGUCGGUUGUCCGUGAAGAGUUGCACCGACAGGCGGAUCAUGUCAGGAAGAUUGAGGCCGAGAAUGCAAAGAUGAACACGGAGCUGACGACGCUAAGACAACGUCACACGAACAUCGAGGUCCUUAAGGAGCAAAAACGCGACCUGGAGAGAAAGGCUAGGGCUACUGAGGAGCUGCGAGAGAAGGUGGUUAAGCUGGAAGCCAAACUUGAUGCUGCGCAGAAAGAGCGGGAUGGAUGGUGCUACCUUAGGGCGGCGAAGUCUGCGGAACCCUCAAAGACUCCAGUCUCUGUCACUCAAAGCUUGUCUGAGCUUCGCCUAACCUAUGCGCGUCUCCUAGAAGAACAUGGUUCCAACAUGGCACUUCUUCGUCAACGCGAGGCCGAGAUGAGCGAACUGCAAGGCGAGCUGCAGGAAGAACAGCAGACAGUGGAUCAGCUACGCCACGAGCUGGAAGUUGUCAAGGAUAAGGCCGAUCGCAUCGAGCACCGCACACAGCUCGCAGAAAGAGACGUCGGCUUCCUAAAAGCUAUGGUAGCGAGCUUUGCUGCAGAGGAAGCAUCCCAAGAUGGAAUCAAGGUUGAAGAAGCGACUCAGAGCCGAGUGGAGCAUCUCGAGGCCCUCGUGGCAGACUAUCGUGCUACCAUCGAACAAAUGGAGAAAGAAAUUGAUGACCUUGGGGGUGAUCCUUCUUCUCUGGGUGGCGGGCGGCCUCGGCAAGAGCUCCUCGAGGAUCUGGAGCACGAAAAGGCUGCGAAAGCCCAGGCUGAACAAGCAUUACAAGAGGCCGAGGAGGCGAACGAGAAGCAACUCGAACAGAUCGACAGCCUCGAGCAAACACUCUUCGAGCUGCGCGGCGAAAUUGGCGCUGGCAGGCAUCUGCCGCCUGGCGCACGCGUCCUGACCAUGCGUAACAAUCCUGCGCAGCAGUGGGUGGACCUCAGCCAGGCAGCCAUGGACCGCCUGAAGGGCGAGAACGAGGCGUUGCUGAGGCGACUAAAGGACCUCGAGGAGAGCGGUGUAGUAGGGGGUGGGAGUCAGAACGAGGAGCUCGUGCCGCGCGAGAGCUACGAGGUUGUGAACCGCGAGAAGGAGGAGCUUGAGCAGGAGCUGAAGCAGAAGGAGAAGCGGCUGCUCCGGCUCAGACAGGUUUUUGCUGCCAAGACGGACGAGUUCAAGGAGGCGAUCGCGACGAUCCUCGGCGUGAAACUCGCGUUCUACCCGAAUGGCCAGGUGCGCGUGACGUCACAGUUCGACCUCGACGCGGCGUUCGUGUUCCAGCCAACGAAGGACAAUGAGGGCAUGCGCAUGCAGCUCGUCGCACAGGGUGACGGCGGGCCCGAGGACUUGCCGCAGCUGGUGCGCUACUGGGUUGAGGAUCAGCAGUGCAUACCGGGCUUCCUGGCGAGCGUUACGCUCGAGUGCUACGAGAAGCACAAGAUGCAGCAGCAGCGCGAGGAGAUGAGCAUGUAAGCCGACGGAUGUAGCUGGCUCUCCGUUGUUUUUUCACAGAUUACUUUCGUUGUUCGCUGAUGUAUGUAUUAUGUAUUCGAGACUGAAGGCUUUAUAGCCUUUUGCAUACCUUUAACAUUCAACGUGCAGUAGAUUCUCGGUAAAAAUGGAAUGCUUCAUGUGGAAGCGCUAUAGGUGCAUUAAAUGAACAUUACACUGAGAUAGAUGCUGAGUGAUGGUCCAUCCGUCUAAGGUUGUGUCAAAUUCAGGUUGUUUUCUCUGGUUCGGGGGUUGCCUCCGCGUUCUCCGGUCGGGAAUCUUCUGCCUGUGCUUGCUCGACAGCCGGCGCAUCCGUCUGGACCUCUUUGGGAACCAGUUCACUCGCACGCCAUUGAUACGGCCGUUCGCCUUUCAGAUGCGAAAACCACUUCAGCGUGCCAUCGCUGCGCCGCAAGUACUUGACGACGUCCUCCCAACCCAACCGCACGGGCUCGCCAGCCACCUCCGACCACGAGGCCUCCCGCUCCUGGAGCUCGACGAACUCGGGGUACGUCAUCACGGGGUGCGUCGAGCGGAAUUCUUGCGCGUGCAUGCCCGUGAUGAUGCGGUUCAGGACUGUCCGUGGGCCGAGCGGCAGGCGGCGUUUGUCGCCCUUGACGUGGUAUAUCUCCGCGAGCGUCGGCGGCGCGUCGACGCCCUUCACUUCGUAGAGGACUGUGGGGUGUAUCCUUUUUUCUUCGGCCGCAUCGCGCUUCGCCGCCGCAGGCUCGUCGGCGCCGAAGCCUUCCGGUUCGUCUACGUCCGGUACGGGCUCGUUGCGCUGCUUGACGUCCUCCGUACCGGACGCUGAGCCAGCCGGAGCUUGCUCUACGGACUUCCAGUCUUCUUGUUCCCUCAUGUACCGAAGCCAGUCGUCGACGAUCGCCUCGCCCACCGCAUGCGCGUCGAGCAUCGUCGAGGCGAGCACGCCCUUGGCUCCGCGGCCCGCCCAGCCCGUCGCGAAGAUGUUCGACAGGGGCUCACCCGUGAU